CUUCGUCUUCCUCCCAUCGGUCCCCGUAUUGUUCGAGAUAGUCGACUGUCUUGUUUGGCGUUUGCUCACGUCGCCGGAUGCUUCGACUCGAUUCAACUCCAAACUCUGCAGCUUCAUUCGAGCCGUCCUCCACAGAUCCGGAGAACCCUGACGAGGGUUUAUGAGCUCCUUCUCUCUCACCCUCAAUCCAAAAGUAGCCGAUUUGGAUUGUGGAAAUUAGUAUUGACAUUGAUCGCCCGGCCCUUCCGGGAAGAUUUUGGGUAUCAUUAUACUACUGACUUGGAAUAGAGUGGAACCGAGAAGAUCAUAUGAAACCUUCGGCGGCAGCUGUCUUCUUCAUUUGUCUGCUCCUCUCCGAUUGCCUUCACACUGUCCGUGGAGAAGAAACCAAGAAGAACAAGUUUCGGGAGCGGGAGGCCAGUGACGAUGCCGCCGGCUACCCAGAACUGGAUGAAGAUGCGUUGUUGAAUACGCAGUGCCCUAGGAACUUAGAGCUGAGAUGGCAAACAGAAGUAAGCUCUAGCAUUUACGCUACUCCCUUGAUUGCUGAUAUCAACAGUGACGGGAAGCUAGACAUAGUAGUUCCCUCUUUUCUGCACUAUCUAGAAGUUCUUGAAGGCUCUGAUGGGGAUAAAAUGCCUGGCUGGCCUGCAUUCCACCAGUCUACUGUUCAUGCUAGUCCUCUCCUACACGACAUUGACAAAGAUGGUGUAAAAGAAAUUGCUCUGGCAACAUACAAUGGGGUGGUGAUGUUUUUCAGGGUUUCAGGCUACAUGAUGACGGAGAAACUGGAGGUACCUCGUAGAAGAGUUAAAAAAGAUUGGUAUGUUGGCCUGAAACAAGACCCUGCGGAUCGUUCUCAUCCUGAUGUCCAUGAUGAUGAACUUAUCAGGGAUGCUGCUGAGAAGAAUUCAGUGUCCCAAACAUCUGGAGUUACUCAUGGAAACACUCCGGAUACAACCACUCCAUUUGCUAAAUCAGCAGAAAACCAACCUCCAGGAAAUGGAAGUGUAUCUGUAGCAAACACAACGGUUACUAGUUCAGAGGCCAAUAAUCCUAAAGCCGAAGGAAGUACUCUUGGACAAGCAAAUGGUACAGAAACUUUAACAUUGCAGAAUACCAUUCCUGCAAAUAGGAGUGCAUUGGAUGCAAACAAUACUGUCCCUACAUCAAUUGCAAACAAUCCAGCUAAUACAUCCAAUCAAGAGAGUGUACGUGUGAGGAUUGCAGAAUCAGUCUUCAAAAUGCCCACAAGGCCAGAUAAUAAUUCUGGAAAUGCCGAGUCUACAAGAUUGGGUGAUGCGGAUAAUAAAACAGUUUCUGCUCGGCGUCUUCUUGAAGAUAAUGAUUCAAAGGUUUCAGAUUCAGAGAAUGAAAAGAAUACUCGUGAUGACCUUCAUGUGGCCACUGUGGAGAAUGAUGAAGGGUUGGAAGCAGAUGCUGAUUCAUCAUUUGAGUUAUUCCGUGACACUGAUGAGCUGGCCGAUGAAUACAAUUAUGACUAUGAUGAUUAUGUAAAUGAAUCGAUGUGGGGAGAUGAGGAGUGGAAUGAAGGAAAACAUGAGAAAUUGGAAGACUAUGUCAAUGUUGAUGCCCAUAUAUUGUCUACUCCUGUUAUAGCAGACAUUGAUAAGGAUGGAGUUUCAGAGAUGAUUAUUGCAGUAUCAUACUUCUUUGAUCACGAGUACUAUGACAACCCAGAACAUUUGAAGGAACUAGGCGGGAUUGAUAUUGCAAAGUAUGUUGCUGGCUCAAUAGUGGUUUUUAAUCUCGACACAAAGCAAAUUAAGUGGACAAGAGAACUAGAUUUAAGUACAGAUAGUGCCACCUUCCGUGCAUAUAUAUAUUCCACACCUACUGUAGCUGAUCUGGACGGUGAUGGCUAUUUGGACAUUCUAGUUGGAACCUCAUUUGGCUUGUUUUACAUCCUGGAUCACGGCGGUAAUGUUAGGGAAAAGUUUCCACUCGAAAUGGCUGAAAUUCAGGGAGGAGUAGUUGCUGCUGAUAUUAAUGAUGAUGGUAAAAUUGAACUGGUGACCACUGACACACAUGGAAAUAUUGCCGCAUGGACUCCCCAAGGAGUAGAAAUUUGGGAGACUCAUCUCAAGAGUCUUGUUUCCCAGCAACCAACUGUAGGUGAUGUUGAUGGUGAUGGCCACACUGAUGUGGUGGUUCCAACACUCUCAGGGAACAUAUAUGUCCUUAGUGGCAAAGAUGGCUCUAUGGUCCGCCCUUACCCAUACAGAACUCAUGGGAGAGUGACCAAUCAAGUCCUUCUCGUCGAUCUUAGUAAACGAGGGGAGAAAAGCAAAGGGCUUAGUUUAGUGACCACAUCAUUUGACGGUUACUUGUAUCUUAUAGAUGGACCUACAUCCUGUGCGGAUGUUGUUGACAUUGGGGAAACUUCGUAUAGCAUGGUUUUGGCCGACAAUGUGGAUGGUGGAGAUGAUCUGGACCUGAUCGUCACAACCAUGAACGGGAAUGUCUUUUGCUUCUCCACUCCAUCGCCACAUCAUCCCCUGAAGGCCUGGAGGUCUCCUAAUCAAGGACGGAACAAUCUGGCCAAUCGCUACAAUCGUGAAGGGGUCUUCAUCACACAUCCUUCGAGAGCUUUCCGGGAUGAAGAAGGAAAGAGCUUCUGGGUGGAGAUCGAGAUUGUAGAUAAACACAGGUUCCCGUCUGGAUCUCAAGCACCCUACAAUGUCACUACAACACUGUUGGUUCCAGGCAACUACCAAGGUGACAGAAGGAUAACACAAUCUCAGAUCUACGACCAACCGGGGAAGUACCGGGUAAAGCUUCCUACAGUUGGAGUCAGGACGACAGGAACAGUGGUGGUGGAAAUGGUGGACAAGAACGGACUUCAUUUCACCGACGACUUCUCUCUGACUUUCCAUAUGUAUUACUACAGAAUGCUGAAAUGGCUGGUCGUCCUCCCAAUGCUCGGCAUGUUUGGCAUUCUGGUCAUUCUUCGUCCACAGGAAGCUAGGCCUUUGCCCUCUUUCUCUCGGAACACCGACCUAUGACUGGAGAGAUCUCGCGUCCAACCUUUUCCACUCACAUCAAACAUGGUUGGUCAACUAACUUGAAUGGGCACCAAAGCUCAGGACAAGAGGGCAUCUGCGAAUCGGGCGGAGCCAAGUUAUUCCGGGUACAGGGAGGAGAGGUUUUGAAGAUGCAAACAUGACAGAAGGUUGGAUUAGACUGUUGAUUGACAGAUUGAGGACUGAACAUUGUAACAUAGUACUCUUGGAGUUGACAUAGGUUGGAUUUUGGAGUCGCUUGUACCAAAAGAAUACUGGAAAAAAAGGUCAGAUAGAGGAGACUAUUCGAGGCACUAACGAACUGUCGAAUCGGCAUUAGAGCAUUACAUUCGCAUCUUUCCCUUCAAAAGAGAAGAGCUUGACUAGCUAGCUGCCAGUUUCACCAUCUACUACAUAUUUACAAAAUAUAACAGCU